AACUGCCCUUGUUGUUCUCUCCGUUUGUUGCCAAGGGCAACCGCGCAUCUCUCAAUUUGUGCGUUCUUGUUCUUCGCCUCUGUUUUCAACCCUUUAACUAGGGUUUGAAUAUAAGAAGAAAAACGGAUUUCUGGUGUUUCUCUGCUGCUAAACCCCAUAGGUUAGGAGAGGCGAAGAGGAGGUGGCUUAUGGCCCAGCUCAAUGUUAAAAGAUAGACCUGGGUCCAAGGUCACCUAGACAGUCCCGCCCCUUCGCUCCUCCUAUCUAUUUUACUCUCCUUAGUCUCCUUAAUCAGUACCAGCUGGAGUUUCAUCAAGCAUAAUGUCAAAUGUGGUUGUUUGCAUGUUUUGGUUGCGAAUUUUGGCCGAAAUUCGUCACCAAAUCGGCCGAAGCGACGAUAGCUGCGAGAUCAGAUCACUCCGCCGGUUUUAUACGGCAAACGAAAUCAAAAUGACGAAGUUGUCGAGAGAGUUUCCUUUGGACGCGGCGAAGAAGUUCUGAGGGAGGCUGCACUCAGGAUGGCCCCAAAUGCCUUCUCGCCAACUUGCCCUUUGGCUGCCAACUGGAUAUCGGGUAUCAAAACCCCACGAUUCACCUUGAUAUCCGCAAUGACACUAAACUGCAGACUGCAAAAAAGAUCUUCAAUGACCUGCAGAUGAGUCAUGGGCAGCUGACGCGGGAGCAAGUCUCGUCUGCUCCUGCUUCCACAGACAAUCAACAAGGCGCACUCCUUGACUACAGCUGUGUGGAACAGUCAGAGGAUGGUAUCAUGCGAGGUGACCCAAGGAAGGCCCAGCUGGGGUCAUUGGUGACCGUUUGCCUCUCCAACAAACUCAACAUCUACGGGUCUGUCCAGCACGCUGACUUUGCAACAUUGGUCGACAGAGCCCAAAGGAAGCUAAGCAGCGCAACAAACUGCGGCGAGAACAAGAAGAGGCAGCUGCUACCCAGCCGAAGAAGCCAAAGGUUUCUUCCAGAGGGCCAUCAACUGGAUCAACUGGAUGUUUGUUGGUGGUGCCACAGAUUAGUGCACUAAGCCAUCGAGUUUGGCGGCUGGUGAAAGUUUCCUUUGGGCGGCGAAGAAGUUCUGAGGGAGGCUGCACUCAGGAUGGCCCCAAAUACCUUCUCGCCAACUUGCCCUUUGGCUGCCAACUGGAUAUCGGUUAUCAAAACCCCACGAUUCACCUUGAUCCUUGAUAUCCGCAAUGACACAAAACUGCAGACUGCAAAGAAGAUCUUCAAUGACCUGCAGAUGCAUCAUGGGCAGCGGACGCGGGGCAAGUCUCGUCUGCUCCUGCUUCCACAGACAAUCAACAAGGCGCACUCCUUGACUACAGCUGUGUGGAUCAGGCUGAAGCUGGCAUCAUGCGAGGUGACCCAAGGAAGGCCCAGCUGGUGUCUUUGGUGAACUUUUGCCUCUCCAACAAACUCAACAUCUACGGGUCUGUCCAGCACGCUGACUUUGCAACAUUGGUCGACAGAGCCCAAAGGAAGCUAAGCAGCGCAACAAACUGCGGCGAGAACAAGAAGAGGCAGCUGCUACCCAGCCGAAGAAGCCAAAGGUUUCUUCCAGAGGGCCAUCAACUGGAUCAACUGGAUGUUUGUUGGUGGUGCCACAGAUUAGUGCACUAAGCCAUCGAGUUUGGCGGCUGCUCUUUAAAUCAUCAUGCUGAAGGCAGUCAUUUUAAUUGGAGGACCUCAGAAAGGAACUCGAUUCCGGCCCUUGUCUCUGGACACACCAAAGCCUCUGUUCCCUGUGGCUGGUUUACCAAUGAUUCAGCACCACAUUGAGGCAUGUGUGAAAGUGGAAAACCUCAAGGAAAUCAUUAUUCUCGGCUACUACCCUGUCUCGGAACUUGCUCAGUUCAUCAAUGACAUGACCCAGGAGUACAAAAUCAACAUUCGGUACCUACAAGAAUACACCGCACUUGGGACAGCUGGAGGAAUUUACCACUUCCGCGACCAGAUUCGCUGCGGCAACCCUGAGGUCUUUAUUGUUCUGAACGGGGAUGUUUGUGCCGAUUUUCCACUCACGGACAUGGUCGAGGCGCACAAGGCCAGAGAGAACUCAGCCCUGAUUACAGUGAUGGCCACUGAGGCCACCAGGCAGCAGUCCCUCAACUACGGCUGCAUUGUCGAGGACAAAAGGACACACUCAAUCACCCACUACGUCGAGAAGCCAUCGACCUUUGUGUCUCCUCUCAUCAACUGCGGUGCUUACGUCUGCUCGAUUGCCAUCUUUCAAAUUAUCGCAGCUGCCUUCACUAAGAAGCAGGAACAGUACUACAAUGAGGGUCAUGAAAAUGGCAAUGGUGCUGGGAAAGAGGCCAUCCAGUUGGAGCAGGACAUCCUGAUGCCUUUGGCCGGUACAGCUCGAGCCUUUGUCUACACAACUUCGAGGUGGUGGUCGCAGCUCAAGACGGCAGGUUCGGCUAUUUAUGCAAACAGACACUACCUCCAGCUGUACAGGAAACAGGGUCAAACCUCCCGACUUCUGCAGGGAGAGGCUCCAAAAAUCAUUGGUGAUGUUCAUGUUCACCCAACAGCUUUGGUUCAUCGAACCGCAGUGCUUGGGCCAAACGUAAGCAUAGGUCCGAAUGUUGUUGUUGGCCCAGGUGCAAGAAUCCGGGAGUCAAUCCUGUUGGAAGGUGUGCAUAUUGAAGACCACAGUGUCAUUCUGCAGAGCAUCGUUGGCAAGAGCUGCACAGUUGGAGCGUGGGCCCGAGUGGAAGGCACACCUUGUGACCCCAACCCAAAUAAGCCUUUUGCCAAAAUGGACAAUGUGCCUCUUUUCAAUGCUGACGGCAGGCUAAAUCCUUCCAUCUCAAUUUUAGGAUGCAAUGUCUCUGUUCCUGCGGAAGUCAUUCUUCUCAACUCCAUAGUCCUGCCUUAUAAAGAACUCACCAGGAGUUUUAAAAAUGAAAUAAUUUUGUAAAGAAAAAAUUCAGCAAACAUAUUACAUUUUUUAUUAUAUUUGAAUUCUUGAGUUAUGAAAGUUGUGUUGGUUUUAUGUUCUGCAAUAAAAAAACCUUUGCUUUAUUUUGCACUAUUAAAAAAAAAUAUG